AUGAAUGACAUACAACAACGGAUAGAACGUCAACAACAAUUCGAACAAAAACAAAACGAACAAGAACAAAAACAACACGGAAAAAAGAGAUCAAGAAAUGAUCAAGAUAAGAAAAAGGAUGAUAACCUUCCCGAAGGAUAUAGCUAUAAUUAUGGCAAUGUUGAUAGAUCCCGUAGUUCCAAGGUGAAAGAUAAACGAAGUUCUCAACUUCAGAUCACUGCAGAGCAAAUUAUUAGGGAGGCCUUUGAAAGAUCCGAAAAGGAAAUCAAAGCACCAAAGCAAGAUAUCAAAGAUAUGGAGGAAUUGGAGGAGUUUAGAUUAAGAAUGAGAAAACAAUAUGAAGACACUAUUAGGAAAAAUAGACAUAGAAUGACAAAUUAUAUUAAAUAUGCACAAUGGGAAGAAAAUCAAAAACAAAUUGAAAGAGCAAGAUCUAUUUUUGAACGAGCACUCGAUGUAAAUUAUAGAGAACCAAUUAUUUGGCUCAAGUAUGCUGAAAUGGAAAUGAGAAACAAAUUCAUCAAUCAUGCUAGAAAUAUUUGGGAUCGAGCUGUCAGCUUGUUACCACGAACUGACCAAUUCUGGUACAAGUAUAUUCACAUGGAGGAAAUGAUGAAAAAUAUAAAUGCUGCUAGACAGCUUUUCGAGAGAUGGAUGGAAUGGCAACCAGAUGAAAAAGGCUGGAAAUCUUACAUUAGUUUUGAAUUGAGAUAUGGAGAAGUCGAAAAAGCUAGAAAAGUUAAUGAAAAAUUUAUUCGUGUUCAUCCAGACAUCAAAACAUGGCUCUAUUAUGCUAAAUUUGAACAAAAAUAUGGAGGAAGAGAAGGGAAAACUCAAGCUAGACUGGUAUUUGAGAGAGCUACUACCCUAUUUGACUUGGAAGUAUUACUUAAAGCCCAAAAUUUUACAAGACAAAACCUUGAUGAAGUAAUUGGAUUGUACAUUGCAUUUGCUGACUUUGAAGUUGUUAAUGGGGAAGUUGAAAGAGCCAACUCAAUUUACAAGUACCUAUUAGAUCGUGUUACAAAAGAUUAUGCUGAUGUAUUGUAUCAAAAGUUUGUAUCUUUCCAAAAGCAAUUCGGUGAUACCCACAGUAUAGAAAAUGUUAUUUACAAUAAGAAAAGAUUUGAUUUUGAAAAUGAUAUCAAAGAAAAUCCAAAUAAUUAUGACGUAUGGAUUCAAUAUUUAACAAUGGCUAAAGAGCAAAAUGGAAAUGAUAACUUGGAAGAAACAAGAGAUUUAUUCGAAAGAGCAAUAUCCAAUGUACCACCACUAAAAGAAAAAAGAUACUGGAAGCGGUAUAUUUAUAUUUGGAUAAAUUAUGCUAUUUUCGAAGAAAUAACAACUAAAAACAUUACUAGGGCAAGACAAGUGUACCAGGGAUGCUUAGAGCUAUUAGCAAAUGAAGAGUACUCUUCUCCUAAUAUUUAUUUUUCUAAAAUUUGGAUAAUGUUUGCACACUUUGAAAUAAGACAGCACAAUAUGGAUGAGGCUAGAAAAAUUUUAGAUACAGCAAUCUCUAUUAUUCCAAAAGAUAGAAUUUUUAAGGAAUAUAUCAAGGUUGAGCUUUCUCUUGGUAACAUUGAUAGUGUAAGACAUUUAUUCCAAAAACAAUUAGAAGUAUCUCCAUCCAACUGUGAGGCAUGGAAGAAUUAUGCUGAACUAGAACAAAAAGUCAAGGAAAUCCAAAGAACAAGAGCUAUUUAUGAGCUAGCUGUGUCACAACCUAAUCUAGAUAUGCCAGAAUUGAUUUGGAAGUGUUAUAUUGAUUUUGAAAUUGAACAAAAGGAAUACGAGAAGGUUAGAUUACUUUACAAAAGAUUACUCGAAAAAACAAAACAUGUUAAGGUAUGGCUUAGCUAUGCACUUUUCGAAAAAGCAUUAGGAUCCAAUAAUUUUGCAAAAACACGCCAAGUUUAUGAAGAUGCAUACACUUACCUCAAAAAGGGCUCCAUAGAAGAAGGAGGGCAACAAAAUGUCGAUGACCAAAUACAAAUUGCAAGGCGAGAGCAAAGAUACCAACUUUUAAUUUCUUGGUUAUCAUUUGAGCAAUCAAUACCAAAUAACCAAGAUAUGAUAGAGAAACUGAACCAAAAGAAACCAACUAAAAUUAGGAAAAAGAGAAAAAUUUUCAACCAAGAAGGUGAAGUAUCAGGCUACACAGAAUAUGCUGACUUUAUCUUCAAAGAUGAUGAAGAUGAAUCAACAGGAAAGAAAUCCAAUUUGAAAAUUUUGGAGAAGGCCAUGUUGUGGAAGAAAGAGAAAGAAAAACAAAAAUAAAUUAUUUGCCAAUUUCUGUUUUUU